UAGAUAACGCCACGCUCUAAAGUCAUCUAAAAUGAUAAUCAGCGUAAGUGUCGAUGUGGAUGCUGCGUUAUUUUAUGGAUUAAUUUUAGUGGUUAUUCUUCUUAUUUUUUAUAUAUGUUUUGAUCUCCACUACUUUUUGACUUAUGUAUUUCUCAUGACGUGGUGCAAAAUACGUCGGAAGCAAGUACGGAUUGACGAAACUACUGAAUAUUAUGGUAUUUGUACCACAAAUGAUUUAGAUAUCUACUUUCAACACAUGAAUAAUGCUCGUUACGUCAGAGAAUUGGAUUUUGCAAAGUUCCAUUUUUUCAAAAGAACAGGAAUCUAUGAAAACAUACUCAAAGCUGAAGGUGCAGCCUUAAACACAGCAUGCCACAUUCGUUAUAGGAAAACCAUACCACUGUUCACUCCAUACAAAAUAACGACAAAGGUAGUUCACUGGGACGAAAAACAUGUAUAUUUAGAACAUCAGUUCAUUCAGUUAAGCGACAAUUUUAUUACUACAGUUAUUUUAUCCAAGCAAGCAAUUGUAGGAGUUAAUGUUAGAGAAAUGAUGAACAGAUUGUUAGAGAAUAAAGAUGAAAUGUAUAUGCCCAAACCACCGGCCGAGCUUGAAGACUGGAUACAUUUAAAUAGGAAGUCAAGUGCAAGAUUAAGAAACGGAAAUGUGUGUUUAUAGCAUUAUAUAUAUAACAAAUUAUUAAUUUUAUAUUUGCGUUCAAUAUGAAUAACUUUA